AUGGAUCCGAUACAAAUUAGUGACAGUAAAAAUGAUAUUGAGAAUGUUAAAGAAAAGCUGCGACCCAGUGAUUCUGACAGUGAUGCCUUCGAAGCAGUACUUCAGCACGUGGGUGAGAUGGGACUCUACCAAAAGCUGCUGUUCUUCGCCAUGGCUCCGUUUGGAUUUGUCUUCGCGUUUAAUUACUACACGCAGAUGUUUAUUACAGCAACGCCAAGCCAUUGGUGCAGAGUGCCGGAGUUAGAGCAUUUGGAUGUUGAAAUAAGACGUAAUCUCACCACUGUGACCACAACCGAAGGGUGGGAAAACUGUCUGAUGUAUGACGCUAAUUGGACCCAGGUAUUGCAGAAUAUGAUAGUGCCUUCCAACACAUCACUGGUACCAUGUAAGCACGGCUGGGAAUUCCAGCUAACUAAUAUACCAUAUCAUACAGUCGUUAGUGAACGUGGCUGGGUAUGCGAAAACGCUAGUAAUGUACCGUUUGCUCAAUCAAUGGCCUUUGUUGGUUCCUUCCUUGGGUGUAUAUUGUUUGGAUGGAUGGCUGACUUCUAUGGCAGAGUGCCAGCUAUUACGGGAACAUAUUUAAUUGCCUUAAUAGGAGGAGUGGGUAGCGUUUACACCAGUGGUCUCUGGGACUUUGCUUUUUGUCGGUUCCUCGUUGGCAUGUCAUUCGACAGUUGUUUUGUGAUUAUAUACAUUUUAGUUCUAGAAUAUGUGGGACCUACCUACCGUUCGCUGGUCGGAAAUAUAUCAAUAGCUCUGUUUUAUGGAGGUGGAGCAAUUAUGCUACCGUGGGUGGCCAUCUGGUUGGGAGACUGGCGAAAAUUGCUCUGGUUUACAAUUGCACCAUUGUUUAUAAUAUUUUUUAUACCCUUCGUUAUUCCUGAGAGUGCCAGAUGGCUCUCAUCGCGUGGACGCUCAAAGAAAGCUAUUGAAGUUUUGCGAAGAUUUGAAAGGCUUAAUGGAAGGAAAAUUCCGGAGAAUGUUUUGGACGAAUUCGUAAUAUCUUCAAACAAACAGAAAAUCUCCAAUGAAUCGCUUAAAGAUGUUUUCAAAAGUCAACCGUUACGUAAGAUGUUGAUUAUUCUGACAAUAACAAGUAUGUUCGGCGUUGUUGUAUUCGAUACUUUGGUCAGAUUGUGCCAUGGUCUUGGUUUGGACUUCUUUGUUACCUUUACCAUGGUAUCUGCAACUGAAGUGCCUUCUGUGAUAUUGGUAGCGGUCACGCUUGAUAGAUUUGGUCGCCGGAAACUAACCUUUGUACCAACAGUUUUGACUGCCAUUUUAGUGUUCACUGCAGCAUUUGUUCCAAAAGGUAUUCCAAGAGUAGCAAUUGCCGUAGUAGCUAGGUUCAUGGUAAAUAUGACUCUGACUGCCCUCAUGCAAUGGACUGCUGAAUUACUUCCAACUCCCGUGCGAGCUUCGGGCAGUUCGUUCGUUCAUGUCAUAUCAUUUUUGGCUACUAUGGUCUCGCCUUUCAUAGCUUUCUCGGAGAGAUUGUGGUUUGCGCUCCCUUUUAUCAUCAUAUCGGGAAUCUCAUUAAGCGCUGGCAGCAUCACCCUACUACUGCCAGAGACAAAAGGUCGUCAGAUGCCACAGACUAUAAUAGACGGCGAGAAAAUUGUUCAGACUAACACGCUAUGCGGAAACAAUGCAGAAUCAGAAAGAUCUAUGUAA